CAUACGUUGCAGUUCACUGUUUUCCAAUCGCCCCCACUGCGUCUUCCGGUGCUUUGUUUUCUCUUACAACCCUUCCUUGUCGUCUCUUUCUCCUUGGCAGGCAUUUACGAUCUUGUAAAUAAUUUGGGCUCUAUGGUGCCUCGAAUGCUCUUCAGUCCCAUUGAGGAGAGUUGUCAUUUACUGUUCUCUCAGUGCGUUCAACGUGAGGCGCCCGCCAACCACCAAAACGAGGUACGCGAUUUUCCCAUCAGCAAAAUUAAAACCCCUUUUGAUUUAUCUCCUGGCCAAUUACGUCUCACCUUCCGUCGUGGCUACGUGUUGCCGCUUUGGGCGGAAGUGACGGCUUCUGUCGGUGGCAGCUUAGCUCCUUUCCUCGACUCUCAGAAGGGUUUCGGUCUCCUAUUACAAGCACUUAGCAUGCUGCGAACCAGUCUCCGCUUGACCAGCCUCCUCGCCUGGAUCGGUUUCGUCUUUAGCCACGCCUACUCACGCCUUCUUCUCUUCCUCUACGGUGGCAGUUCCCUGGUUUCGCAACCAACGGCCACUGAAUUGCUUCGCCUCUUCUCCUUCUACAUCAUCUUUCUCGCUUGGAAUGGACCUACCGAGGCCUUCCUUAACGCGGCUAUGAACACAGACCAACUGAAUGUGCACAAUCGUCGUCUUACCGUGUUUUCAGUGAUAUUCCUCACUAGCACUUGGCUUUUAGUGCCUCACUUCGGGGCUUCCGGUUUCAUCUUAGCAAACUGCAUUAAUAUGCUCGCUCGUGUUGCCUACAGGUAA